CCUCAUAAAUAAACAUAAAGGGAAACGAGCAGAGCAACAAAGCCGCCGCUGUCUGCAGCCCAGCCGCGCCGCGGGACGGAGCGGACGACGGAGGAGAGGCGACGCGCCCGCGGAGUCCCCAGCUGCGAGCUCGCUUAAUUCGAUUCCCGGAGGCGCCGAUGCGGAUCCCGCGGCGGAAGGGCGCGGCGGGGCCGCUGGCGGUCGGGGCGCCCAGCCGUCGGGCGCAGGUCGCCGCGGUGUUCGCGCUCGCUGUGCUGCUCGGGGUCUCCGUGCUCUACGACAGCGCGCACAUCGCCGCCUCGCUGCGCCGGCACAGCGGCGGGGCUGCCCCACGCGCUUACGCCAAGCUCUCCUCCGGCGCCGCCACCACCGCCGCGAAGGAUGAGGCGGCAGUUGAGGCUGGAACGCGCGCACCGCCGGUGCAGGGAGCGGAGUCAGCGGCGACGGAGGGCACAGAUCGGACCGACCCGCACCCGCACCAGCAGCGCCAGGAGGAGCUGGAGGCUGUGGCGAAGCCGGGAGCGGCGGCGGGGAGCUCGCUACAGGAGGCACCGUUGAUCGAGGAGGUGGUGGAAGGAGGCGCCCGCGUCGGCGAGGAGCAGCCGGGGACCUGCGACCUGUACAGGGGCCGGUGGAUCUACGACGAGGCCCGUGCGCCGCUCUACAAGGAGUCCGGGUGUGGAUUCCUCACGGAGCAGGUCACCUGCAUGCGCAACGGCCGCCGCGACGACGACUACCAGAAGUGGCGGUGGCAGCCCGACGGGUGCGACCUGCCCAGAUUUGAAGCUAGGGCGGUUCUAGAGAAGCUAAGGAACAAAAGACUAAUGUUUGUGGGUGAUUCACUGAAUCGGAACCAGUGGGAGUCCAUGGUGUGCCUGGUCCAGUCAGAGGCUCCAUGGGACAAAAAGUCGCUUGUCAAGAAUGGUUCUCUGAAUGUGUUCCGUCUUCAGGAGUUUAAUGCAACAGUUGAGUUCUAUUGGGCUCCGUUCCUAGUAGAGUCAAACUCAGAUGAUCCAGACAUUCAUAGCAUCAGUGACCGCAUGAUCAAGCCAACAUCUAUUGCCAAGCAUGCAGCAAACUGGGAAGGGGUGGACUAUUUGAUCUUCAACACUUACAUUUGGUGGAUGAACACACCAAAUAUGAAAACCUUGCGUGGCAGAUCUUUUUCUAGGAAACCGGUUAAGUACGAUGAAAUGGAACGUGUCGUUGCAUACCGGAAGGUCCUAAAGACAUGGUCUAGAUGGGUAGAAGAGCACAUAGAUCCCAAAAGAACAACGGUCUUAUUCAUGAGUGUGUCACCUGUACAUAUGCAGAGUGAAGGUUGGGGCAGCCCAAACGCCAUAAAAUGCUUCUCUGAGACACAGCCGGCAAUCAAUUACACAAAAACAUUGGAGCUGGGCACGGACUGGGAUCUGUUUAGGACGGCUCAGAGUGUGACAGAAUCUAUGAAGAAGGUGCCUGUGCAUUUCAUCAACAUAACAGCAUUGUCAGAGAUCCGUAAGGAUGGACACACCUCUGUGCACACGCUGCGGCAGGGGAAGCUCCUGACGAAGGAGCAGCAGGCGAACCCAAGGAAGUUCGCGGACUGCAUCCACUGGUGCCUCCCGGGCGUGCCUGACACAUGGAACGAGUUCGUUUAUGGCCACAUUGUGUCGAGCACUCCGCGGCAAAUGAUCGAGGAUCAAUCUCACAGAUAACAGUGAAAAUGCCUAUAUGAAUUCUGGUAGCUCGUUUUAGUGAGGAAAGAUUUUGAUUGAGGCCAUAAAUUAUUUUUUUUCUAGGUCUAGAAGUCUAUGCUGUUGGUUCACCUAGCAUUUGUUGGAAGGUAAGAUCACAGUAUAGCGAAAAGGGAACGUUGCUAUGAACAGCCAAAAUCACCUGUGGACAUGUUCUCUCCUACCUGGAUGUCGUUUGUGGGGGAUGCUGCUAUUGCUAUGCUUCUCAUCUGGAAAUGAAUCUUAUCUCGCUGACAUGUGUACAUAAUUUCAUCAAAUUGGUUCAUGAAAAUGUUUAUAUUCGUGUGGUAACAUUUUCUUUCUGAAACUUUUGCAUCUUUUCCUUUGAAUUUUUUCGCCAUUCUAUUGAGGAUGUUGUGAGCGAUGUUGCAAAGUUGCAAACUGGUUAAAUGUUGCGAAUAAAACUUCAUUUUGAA